AUGGAUUCGUACCUUUCUUAUCUGCGCAACAUGUUCGGCUCGAGCAGCCACCACCACGCUCCGGGCCAGCGGCCCUCCCACAGCCGCUCCCAGUCCGCCUCCACCGCGCCCGCGUAUGUAUACACCCAGCAGGCGCACUCCGCCUCUGCCCCGCGCCCGAGCACCGCGCCCUCGCGGCAGCGCGCCAACUCGUACCAGACGUCCCACGCCACAAGGCCCUCGCCGCUCCGCUACCAGUCAAACGACUCGUACACCUCGCACCACAGCAUCCCGGUCGACCCGCGUCCGUCCGUGCAGAGGCAUGGAAGCUACGGAGGUAUGCCGCCCGCUCGCACUUGGUCACCCACGAGUGGCGCUAAACGCACUUUGACAGGCGUCCAUUAUCCCUACUUUGCGGGCUCGACACGGUCGACGUCCAGCCGCUCGGCAUACUCCACGCCAGCCAGCUCCCGCUCGAACUCUACCUCGUCACUGCACCCCGGCUUCCCGCACUCGGCCGCGCCGGUGCCCAAGUCCGCGAAGCGUGUCCGCUACGCCGACGAACGGCCCCCACUGAAGCAAAACCACUCGUGGCACCCCACCCCCAGCGUCGCCUCCGCGCCAGCCUGUAAGUUUUCUCCUUCACACCCACCCCUCCCGUUAUCUAAUCGGCGGGCGUGUUACUGCCCGCCGCUGAACAUGCACCCGCUGCUCGCGCACACGCGCUUCCACCACGCGCCCAUCUCGUACGACGUCGUCUACACGCCCUCCGCGCGCACCGUCGUCGACCGCACGACGCGCCAGCCGGUCCCCACGCACACGCUCACGCAGCCGGCCACCGAGCCGCCCAUCGCGACGACCUCGCAGCUCGUGCUCACCUCGGACAAGUUCCCCUGGCCCGUCGUCGUCGGCGCGUCGACCGCCUUCCCGAGCAAGUCCGCCCGCCCGCUGCGCCCGCGCUCCCCGCAGGCGAUCAGCAACCUCGACGUGCUGUACGCGCUGCACGCGACGCUCUUCACGCGGGUGACCCCGCAGGAGUGGGACGGCCUCGGGCACGGGAGCCGCGCGCAGCGCAGGGUCACGCACGCGUACGAGAAGCGCUGCGCGAAGAUGGGCGGCGGGUGGGACGGCGGCGUGCGGCGCAUCGACUGGCUCGGCGGGCGCACGCGCCUCGUCGGCGUCGAGAUGGACAAGAGCCGCCCCGGCCCGUACGGCAAGCUCGUCUUCGAAAAGGCCUGA